CUUUCUUUUAUAAGCACCAAAUACGUCAUUUCCUUUCACUAAGCCCAUCAUCCUUUUACUCUUUUUAUUUUUGCAUACUAUUGGACUAGAUGGAUAUUCGUAACUUAUUAAACGAACCAUUAGUAAAUGAAAAGCCUUUUGGCUGUAAUUGGUCAGAGUGUUCAAAAGCCUUCUCACGCCGUUCAGACCUUUCCCGACACAUCCGAAUUCAUACAGGUGAAAGACCCUAUCACUGUAAAUGGCCUACAUGUGGAAAGCAGUUUAUUCAACGAUCUGCGCUUACUGUUCAUUAUCGCACUCAUACGGGAGAAAGACCUCAUGUUUGUGAACAUGAAGCUUGUGGAAAAUCAUUUAGCGAUUCUUCCUCUUUAGCUAGACAUCGACGCACACAUACUGGUAAAAGACCCUAUGUUUGUUUAUCUUUAGACUGCGGUAAAUCCUUUACUCGUAAAACUACCUUGUCGAGACAUCAACGCUGUCAUGAUCCGAAAUGGAAGUCCUACAGUAUGAUUAAUAACUUAACUCCACCUAGCUCACCAACAAAUACCACUAGUGAGUCGGAAUCUGACUCUCCCUCCGAUCUUUUUCAACAAAGACUAUUAAACGAAGAUUUUGUUACUUACAAACCAAUCAUGGAACCUUUACGCUCUGAUUGUUAUCGUGCCUUUGUUUAAACCUUUUCUCUUUAUUUUUAUAUCUUUUUCAUCUUUAUUUUUUUUUUCUUUUUCUCAUUAUUUCCUGCGACACGAUUUGCUGAGCGGAUGAAACCAUUUACCCUAUGACACACUUUUCUUUCUUUCUUUAUUGGUUGUUAUGCUUUCUUUUUUUAUGAUUUCCUUCCCCUUUAUUUUUUCUACCAUUAAAAAAAUAUAUAUAUAUAUAUGUAAAUGA